UGGCUGCUCACCUUUAGAGAUGAUGUCAUCUGUUUGGGGAGCGCACCGGGCUUUGUGGGAGAACAAAACAUUUCCUCUCAUUCAAUGGAUAGAGUUUACUCAAAUAAACAUUCUGAUCUGCAAAUCAGGCACCCAAUAGAUCUCUAUAAUUUUUAAGUAAUAAUUUAAUUAAUUGGAUUUAGUUGCGUGCAGUCAAACUUACAAAAUCAAAAUAAACUAUACCAAGGCCUACUUUUUAUUUUAUUUUAUUUUGGUACUGCAUAGGCCUAAAUACAACAUUGGCUACUUCUCGGAGGUGUACCACUCAGUUGUUUCAAGGUAGACACUGGAUAGUUUGCGCCCUCAUGCAAAUGAACGCUCAUCUGGCUAUUGCACAUGCCUUAAGAUCUUAAUACUCACGAACUUCUGAUGUUAACAUCUCACACAUGCAAGCACUUAGGGAAGAUACUCUUUCUGAAUAUUUGGCACCUGCGUUUCACACUCUGGAGUGAACUCAGGUGUUCUGUUGUUCUUCAACAGAUGACACCAGCCCCUCAGAUACAAAUAGGCCCACCUCACUGCAGUGAAGAUUCUCCUUUGAACACAUCAUCAUGAAGUCUACACUAAGAAUAAAUCUGAGAAUUAUGAUGUUAUUAUGUUUUGUCUCUAAAUCAGCUCUGGUCCCUCAGAAAGGGGAGCUGGUUGAGAGUACAGCAAUAUUACCAGGUGACCAGGCAAGUGCCCUAUGAUAACUGGAACAAUGAGUUUGAAGUUUUCAUGGUCGCUGCCUCUUGGUGACCAGAUUAUUAUGGCUCUUGAAGAUGCCAGUCUGAUCCAGAUGAAUGUGGACUUGAGCACAGGAAACCUCAGUGUCCAGAGGAGGAGAAAAAUCCUCAGUCCAGUCAGGGUCUCAGUGAAGAUACUCAGAGCUCACACAGACUCAGUCACAGCCACUCGCUUCUGCCUCAGUGACACACACUUUGUAAGCUGCUCCUCCGACUGCACCGCUUGCCUCUGGGAGGUAGAGAGCUGUCGUCCUGUCAGAGAUUUCACUGGAGGCCAUGAAAGAACCAUAACAGAGUGUGCCAUGAUCCCAGACACCAACAGGAUGGUCACAGUCUUCUGGGAUAAGAAGACGGUGUCCUGGGACAUGGAGACAGGAUAGAUGCCGUGAAAGUGUCAUCAGCCCGGCCUCUUCACCUCCUGCUCCUCCUCGGCUGAUGGGAGACUCCUUUUUUGUGCCUCUCUUCCUCAGAACGGUCUUUACAUCAGUGACACCGCCAGCAGUCAGACCGUGCAUCACAUCUCAAGUUUUCACAAAACCACAAUAUCUCACUGCCAGUUCGACCCAGAGAGCAAAUGCAUCAUCAGCAUCUCUGCCGACCGCUGCAUCAAACUGUGGGACUUGCACAGUCACAAGACCACCAUGUCCAUCGACAGUAACCACUCCAACGCCAUCUCGGACUUCUGCUCCACCUCAAACUCUCACUUCUUGUGCAGUGCAUUAUGGGACAAGACCCUGAAGCUGUGGGACCAGCUCCACAGGGGGACAUGUCUUCAGAGAGGACAUGAGGGCAGUGUCAGCUUCUGUCGCUUCUCCAAUGACAGUCAGAAUCAAGGAGGGUUCUACUCGCAUUAA